UCAACACCAAGAAACUACAGUAUAAUACAAUACUCAUCAAUGAGGUCUAAGACCAUUUUUGUACUCGUCUUUGCGCUUGCAAUUGCAUAUGCAGAUUGCAACUCUGAAGGGGAUGCACUUAAUGCUUGGAAGACCAGCUUGGCAGAUCCAAAUAAUGUCCUUCAAAGCUGGGAUCCAACACUUGUAAAUCCAUGCACCUGGCUCCAUGUCACCUGCAAUGAUGAGAACAGUGUUACAAGAGUGGACCUUGGCGUUGCAGGGCUUUCAGGACCUCUUGUACCUCAGCUGGGACUCUUGGCCAAUCUUCAGUAUCUGGAAGUGUAUGGUAAUAAGCUCAGUGGAGCAAUUCCAUCUGCAUUAGGGAACCUGACAAACCUUGUAAGCUUGGACCUUUAUCAUAAUCGAUUAAGCGGCUCAAUCCCAGCAGUUCUUGGCAACUUGAGAUCCUUAAGAUUUUUGCGGUUGAACGGUAAUAAGUUAUCUGGAAAGUUACCUGACGGCAUAGUUCAACUUAUUAACCAUGGCCACUUGCAGAUUUUGGACGUAUCAAAUAAUCGCUUGGCUGGGACUGUACGAGCAACUAACAAAACAGGAUUUGCUGUUACAACGGUAAUUCAAGAUCCGAAAGCUUAUUAUUGAUGCUAGAGGAGGAUCUCAAACAAGAAUGGCAUCUCUACAAUAAAUGUGGGAUUCAUCUGUCAUGGAAGGAAAAAAGUGCUUAGCUAGUGCUCUAAGCAAUUUAUCCUAAAUCAAGAAGAUGAGACUACCUUAGCAGUUUAUAAUCUUUUUUAUGUAACAAUAUAUUAUUUUAUCAAUCUACAAUCUCAACCUUUUUUU